CUCUUUAUAUAAAUGAAGCUACAGAUGAUAAAUUGUAUUAUAACCUGUGGAAUAAUAAAAAUCUAGCUGCAUAUUUGGCCAGAUUUUUAUUAGUACCUCAAGAGCUAAAUGAAAGUUCUUUUGCAAUAAAUUCUGAACUGAUGUCUGAACAACAAAGUCAAGCUACAAACCUGUUAUUGGAAUAUACAUCAAGUUUUGCAGAGAAAAUUAGUAAAAAUAGACAACCUGUUAAGUUAGAGCAAACUAACUUAGUAUAUCACGAAAUUAACACUAAGAAUGCUAAACCUAUUAAAAAACAUCCUUACGAAAAAAUUAAAAAAAUUAAAGAAUUUCCUGUCACUGUUACUAUAAAACAAAUUAGGUUGUUCUUGAGUUUAGUGUCAUACUACAGAAAAUUUAUUAAAGGAUUUUUGAAAAUAGCUAAGCCAUUAAAUCAAUUAUUAAAAAAAGAUGAACCAUAUCAUUGGACUGAUGAUCAGAAUAAGGCUUUUCAAAAAUUAAAACAACAUUUAAUGACCACUCCAGUAUUAAGAUAUCCUAACUUUAACCAGCCUUUUUAUCUUCAUACAGACACCUCCACUUCAGGAUUGGGAGCCGUAUUAGCACAGUUAGUGCCUGGAUCCG